AUGAAGCUCAUCCCAAACAGUAUCGCCGUGUUUGUCCCAGUCUUGCAAGGUGCUUCGAACUGGAAGACUUGGCAGGAAAAGUUCCAAACUGUCACCCGCACCACCAAUCCACUCUACUGGGAAAUCUUCAUGGGAAAUCUGACUGUUCCUGUCUACGAUCCAUACACUUCAGUCGCGAUUGACAAAAUGGCUAGCAAACAUAAACUUCCAGCAGAAGUCUUCACGCGCCCGGUAUUCGAGGCGUACCUAGAACUCGACGAUCUAAUUAAACAGCAGCUACGUUCCGACUACGAUGCCUCGGUAGAAAUCUGGAACUGCCAUGUCACAGGGGCUCGCGACUACCUGACGUUCGCUCUUGGGGAGAAGCCUGCUCUUCAAAUAAAGGAAAUUGCUGAUCCCCGCACCGCAUAUCUGAAGUUGGAGGCACUUUACUCCAAUUUGCAGAUCAAGCCGAACUUCAAUGCAUGGAAAAAAUGGAUGAAUCUUCGCUAUGAGCGUACCCAUCCCGUGGCAUUCGUUCGUCGAUUCAAGAAGCUUGUACGGGAUGUCCGAGACCAAGGUAUUCAAGUCAGUGGUGAUGUUGAGCUAGCUCAAUUCAGAUCGGUCAUCAUGCAGAGGCCAAGCUGCUUGCAAUUUGCAGCCAACCUGCGUGUCGAUUCCCAAAUGGAUGAUCACAUGAAUUCCGUCUACACUCGGUUUAUCCGACAACAGCUCUAUCAAAAGUAA